AUGUAUCCUUGGGGUACUAACUACGGUGGUGGUGGCCAUCAACCACCUUCGCAGCAGAACCUUGGUGCGCCUUCUCCUCAAGGCUAUGGAGCCGCUACGCCCGCAGCUGCACCCGGGUCAACUUUCAACAGCCUGCGGGAGCAGCAUCUCCAGCAGAUGCAGCAACUCCAACAGCUCCACCAAAAACAGCUCCAAUCUGUGCUGCACCACGACAGGAAUGUAGAUGCAAACCCCUAUGGCGGCGGCGGUACUGCGGCCGAGUCGUGGCAAGGCAGUUCGGGAUAUGGGUAUGGUUCCACGGGGCCCGGUGCCCCUUCCCCGUAUCAGACCAUGCAAGCCGGUCCGCCCGGCCCACAGCAACAACAGCUGCCGCCGCUACCACCACAGUCCCCGCAGUCCAAGGAGGCCCAGCCUCCCCUACCGGAUUCGACUCUUCCGGUGCCCACUCAGAACAAUGGUACUCCAGCAACUAAAGAGGUAAACAAGACAGAAUCUUUGGCUCCGAAAGACCAGGCACAUUCCUCUGCGUCGGAGGAGGAAAAGCCCGAUUUUACGUCAAUGUCGUUACAGGUAAUAUCUUAGAUGUGUAUUUCACAUAGCAGCAGUAGGUCUCCUUUCCACAGCGCAUUCAAAAGUACCGUACUUAAUCUUAGGAAUGACGAGAAUGUAACGUAUAUGAUUUGCAAGUACUCAUUGCAUCAAUAAGUCGUUGUUUCUGCAUGCUAUUGUCAUAGCCUGAUCCCAGAUCUGUUUGUGUUGUAUGAUUUAUCAAUGACCGUAGGAGUCGGCAAAACAACACAAACAGAUCUGGGACCAGGCUAGUAGUAUUGUUGGUUUGUAAUUGUAUUGUGAUCAUCUUCCUGCAUGAGAUAGGCCUACUUAUUAUUAAAACCCUACUUGUCUCUCAGAGCAGGGUUUUAACUAUAACACAAUAGUAGCUCUGUUUAUUCCAUCAUAUUUACAACAAGCAGGAAGGGAAAUGGGGCCACACAUCCUAACCAGCAUGUCUAAUAUUGUCAUGUUGAUGUCAUGUUUGUUGUUGUUGUCAUCCAGGAACAGCAGCAGUACUGGUACAAGCAGCAUCUCCAGAACCUGCAGAGGCUGAAAGCAGAGAAGGCCAAACAGGGCCAGGGUGAUGGCCCUACACCCCCGCCUCCCAAAUCCCAGCCCCACUCGGCAGCCGCCCCUCCCCCUCCAUCGGAACCCCCUAAGAGCGCCCCUCCACCGCCCCCACCCAAAGAGGAGCCACCUCCACCACCUCCACCUGAGGACAAAACGGUAAGGAGAAGCCUGACUGUUUCAAACCUGACUGUUUCAAACCUGACUGUUUCAAGUCUGACUGUUUCAAGUCUGACUGUUUCAAACCUGACUGUUUCAAGUCUGAGAUUAGUAUUGUAGGUGAAUAUAUUGGUCUGUGAGACAUACCCCAUUUCUGACAGACCAUGUGGUAUGUUACCUGUGACAAAUUAUUUAGUGGGAUUUUUCUGUGUAUGAAAGGAAUAAUGCUGACAUUUAUACAAUCUUCUUCUGAGAAUCUGAGAAGUUUUAAAAUGUGGUUCCUUUGAAAUGUCUUCAGAAUGUAAUCAGAAUAUGUAACAAUUCAGUGAUACAAUUCAAAAAUACAAAUAAUUGAAUGGGGAUGUAAAUCAAGCUGUCUCACGCUACAGAAACAGGAGAUAGACUCCUGCCCCUAUGUGUCGUUCUGGCUGGGACAAGGCUAAAGGACUCUACACAAACGGACCGACGGAGCUCCAUUUUCCUCGCUCUCUUCGUAGUUCUACGUACUUUUUAUGCGGCUGAAUAUUUUGAACGGACCGUAUACGACGAUCUGUCUCUCUGUUUGCGUAGAUUUUGUAGAGCCCUUAAACUCUCCAAGGCUUCCUUAUUUACUUAGUUAGUUUGGGUUAACUUUACUACAAGAUACUCCUCUCCCCCUGCAGCCUGCGCCCCCAGCCCAGGACCCAGCAGAGGAGGCCCGGCUGCAGAGAGGCCGACACCCUCAUCUCUCUCUUCUCUCUCCCCCUGCAGCCUGCGCCCCCAGCCCAGGACCCAGCAGAGGCGGCCCGGCUGCAGCAGCUCCAGAGUGCAGCAGCUCAGUGGCAGCAGGCCCAGCAACAGAGAGCAGGCUACCAGUACCAAAGCCCCUGA